UUCGUGCAAUUACUGGGAAAAUGAGCGAAUAAUACAUUUCAUAUACAGGUUUCUUAUAAGAACAGACCUCAAGCAGAUGAGAAAUAUUAAACACAAAAGAGCAAAACAUAUAUAGAGAGAGAAUAGAGGUAGAAGAUGAAGGUGCAUGGUGUGUUAUUGGUGGUUGUUUUCUUUUACCUUACGUAUACACAACUGGUGAAGGGGCAACUUCAACCUCGCGAAGGUUGCAAAACUAGAUGUGGCAACGUCGACAUCAAGUACCCUUUUGGCAUUUCUUCAGGUUGUUACUAUCCCGGAGAUGAUAGUUUCAAUAUCACCUGUAAGGAAGAAAGGCCAUACGUCUUAGGCAACAUUACAGUGGAAAACUUUACUCACAGCGGCCAGCUACAAGUUCUGCUUAACCGAUCCUAUUAUUGCCACGAGGAAAAUACAUCCUAUAGCAGCGAAUAUGAACUGGGUAAUUUAUCCAUCUCCACCAGAAACAAGCUUACUUUAGUAGGAUGUGAUGCUAUGGCAAUGCUGGUUGCCGUUUCUGGAGAUAAACCUUACGCAGAUGUAUGCGUAUCAGUAUGCGAUUCUCAAAAACCGGCAAAUAGAAAAUGUGACGGUGAAGGUUGCUGCACAGCAGACAUCCCUGCCCCAUUGUCUUUGGAUAGGUAUGCGGUCGCAGCUCAAUUACUUCCCUUGCAGUCAGCGAACCAGACUUCCGUGGAUCAUGUUGAUCCUUGCGUCUACGCUUUUCUCGUUGAAGACGGUAAGUUUGACUUCAGUUCUCCAGAAGAUGUUAACCGUACGAGUUACCCUGUGGAACUAGAUUGGUCUAUUGGAAACAAGACAUGCGGGGAUGUUGGAAACACAACCAUAUGCGGUGGGAACAGCACAUGUUCUGAUUCUACUCGUGGAAAGGGUUAUAUCUGCAAAUGUAAAGACGGUUACGAUGGGAACCCAUACCUGUCAGAUCAACACGGUUGCCAAGACUUCAACGAGUGUGUUACUGGUAGACAUAACUGUUCAGAUCCAAGCACUUGUAUAGAUAAAGUUGGAGGCUUCGAAUGUAAGUGCCAGUUUGGUUUCCUGUUAAACACCACCACUAUGAGUUGCAAGCUCGAUACGAGUGGGAAGCGCAAGGGUAUAGACUUAAAAUGGCUUAUGAUUCUUAUUGGAAACGCCAUAUUCUUUUUGUUCAUCCUGCUUGGCGUUACCUGUAUGCAACAGAAACUAAAGCACCGGAAAGACUCACUCCGACAAAAAUUCUUCGAGCAAAACGGCGGGGGCUUGUUGGUACAGCGACUCUCAGGAGCAGGGGCGUCGAACGUUGACUUCAAAAUCUUUACCGAGGAAGGAAUGAAGGAAGCAACUAACGGUUAUGAAGAGAGCAGAAUCUUGGGACAGGGAGGCCAAGGAACAGUUUACAAAGGGAUAUUGCCAGACAACUCCGUAGCUGCUGUAAAGAAAGCUAGGCUUGGUGGAGACCGUAGCCAAGUAGAGCAGUUCAUCUACGAGAUGCUGGUGCUUACACAAAUCAAUCAUAGGAACGUUGUCAAGCUCUUGGGAUGCUGUCUAGAGACCGAAGUUCCUUUGCUGGUCUAUGAGUUUGUAUCUAAUGGCACCCUUUUUGAUCACUUGCAUGGUUCCUUGUUUGAUUCUUCUCUGACAUGGGAACACCGUCUGAGGAUAGCAAUUGAAGUCGCUGGAACACUUGCAUAUCUUCACUCCUCUGCUUCUACUCCAAUCAUCCACCGUGAUAUCAAGACUGCUAAUAUUCUCCUGGAUGAAAACUUAACUGCAAAGGUAGCUGACUUUGGUGCUUCAAGGCUGAUACCGAUGGAUAAAGAGCAGCUCACGACUAUGGUGCAAGGGACUCUCGGUUACCUAGACCCGGAAUACUACAACACUGGGUUGCUGAACGAGAAGAGUGAUGUCUAUAGUUUUGGGGUAGUUUUGAUGGAACUUAUCUCAGGCCAAAAGGCAUUGUGUUUUGGAAGGCCAGAGUACUCAAGACACCUGGUGAGUUACUUUGCUUGUGCCACCAAAGAGAAUAGGUUGCAUGAGAUUAUUGACAGACAAGUAAUGAGCGAGAAUAAUCAGAGGGAGAUUCAGGAAGCUGCGUUAAUUGCUGUUGAGUGCACAAGACUGAUGGGAGAAGAAAGACCGAGGAUGAAAGAAGUAGCUGCAAAGCUUGAGGGCUUGAGAGUCACUAAGAACAAACAUCAGUGGUCGGAUCGCUAUCCUGCGGAGACUGAACACUUGAUAUGUGUUGAAACCAUAUCAGGGCAAGGGGAUACGAGUAGCACGGGUUAUGAUAGUAUCAAGAAUGUAGCAAGGUUGCAUAUUGAAGGUGGCCGCUGAUAUUUUGUUAGUCAAAAUCAUCAUGUCUUUCUUUUCUAGGAAUAUUGUCAUUUCUUUAUUAGUUCUCUUCUCUUUUGUCUAUUUACAUUCAUGAACAUUUAUGCUUUCAUUGAUUCUUGUAUAGUUGUAUGUCCUCAAUAGGUUCAUGGUUCCCCUGAAUAUUAUUCCAAUAAGAAUCUAAGAUACCAAUAUGGUUACAAAAGAAA